AUGGAUCACCAAGAAUCAAAGAGCGAACGCGAGGGGAUUUCGGAGGAAGGGGAGGUUAGUUUGGGGAUUGGGAGUUUAUUAGGGAGUGAGGACGGUUGGAAGCCAUUUUGGGCCAGAGGGAAGGAUUUGGUGGGCUACUCCAUCAAUGGGCUGCGGUCGGCGGGGUUAGGGUUUGAGACGGUGGGAACGGAGAGGUCGUCGGAGGUUGUGAGGCUGGUGGUGGAGGCGGCGGAGACUCGGAGGAUUCUUGAUGCAUGCAAGGCAAAGGGCGUCAAGCUUUGUGGGGCAUUAAUAGCUGCAGGACUAAUUGCUACCUAUUCAUCCAAGCAUCUAGAAAACAACCGGUCUGAGACUUACUCUGUGGUGACUCUCAUCGACUGUCGGACGAUUCUGGAACCAGCUCUAAGUGACCGUGAUUUCGGGUUUUACCAUUCUGCUAUCCUAAACACGCACAGUGUGAAUGGAGAAGAAGGGUUAUGGGACUUAGCCAUAAGAUGUCACAAUGCCUACUCGAACGCUAAAAGCAACAAGAAACAUCUAACCGAUAUCGGCGAGCUCAACUAUUUAAUGUGCAAGGCCAUAGAAAACCCCCAUCUCACACCCUCGUCCUCUUUGAGAACCGCGGUCAUUUCUGUCUUCGAGGAACCUGUGAUCCUUCAAACUUCUGACGUGCAGAAGAAGCUUGGGGUUGAGGACUAUAUCGGGUGUGCUUCAGUUCAUGGGGUCGGCCCAUCAAUUGCUAUAUUUGAUACUAUUAGAGACGGUCAGCUUGAUUGUGCAUGUGUUUAUCCUUCGCCUCUUCACUCGAGGAAGCAGAUUAAUGAGCUUGUCGAACACAUGAAGCAGAUUUUAAUUGAAGGAAGUGUGAAUGUGGAGGAGGAAAAAGAGCUGGAGUGAAGAGUUUUCAUGAUUUAGAGCGUGAAUGUGUUUGUGCCUUGGUUGUUUAAGUUGAGGCGGAAAUGUCAGAAAAGUGACAUGAGGUUAUCGUUGUGAUGAAAUUGUUGGGAAUAAUUGAGAAUGUAAUAAAUUUGAAAAUAUCAUAAUCGUCAUGCGGUUGCGAAAGAAAUGCAUAUAGAAUUAUCAUUUCUCUA